AUGAAGCCUAAACGCCUCGUGGAGACGACGGACGAAGGCCAGGACGAGAGCGGAUACCGCCGGCAGGCUUGGCCGAAGAACUACGUGCCGUUAGAGGAGAGUGAAAAUCAGGAGAAGAGGCAAGAAGCACGAGAGGAGAAGAAAGCCAAGAAGAAAGAGAAGUACAAAAAAUACAAAAAGAGCGUGAGGAAGGCGCUGCACUUCAGUUGGAAGUGUCUGAUGUUGGGACUUCAGAAUUUCACAGUGGGGUACUCUACACCCCUCAGUGCAGCCGCCACACUCGUCCCCGAGUACAGAAGAGCAAAGCAAAAGCACUGAGAGAACGAGACUGAGCAAUAUAUCAGCACACUAUCUUUCGAUAUACUAAGCAUCUUGCAAUGUUUUGUUUAUAGAUCUGUUAUAGACGAAAAGACUCUUCUUUUGGGAUCAUAACUGGCAACCUGGAGCAAAAUAAGUGACCCACAACGUUCUUCAACUGAUGUGUGUGUGUGUGUGUUGGGGGGGGGGGGUCAUCCACUACAAUACACAUGGCUGCAAGAAACUGAUUUUAAUCUUAUUGAACUACACAUUAUUGAUUUUGGGGCUGUGGGUAGCGCAGUUGCCUCAAAGUAAGAAGAUCCUGGGUUCAAUUCCCCGGCUGGGUGGCCAGGGUCCUUUCUGUGUGGAGUUUGCAUGUUCUCCCUGUGUCAGUGUGGGUUUCCUCUGAACACUCUGGUUUCCUUUCACAAGUUUAAAGUGUGAGUUUGUGUGUGUGUGUGUGUGUGUGUGUUUGAAUAAAUCUGACCCUCUGGACCCAGGAUAAUGUACUGAUGAGCUCUCCCAUCUUUAGUGUGAACCUCAACCUUCACUUUGUUUAAAUUUGUGUGUAAGUAGUAAAAUAAAUGUGAAACGUAAAGAUUCAGAUGAUGUUUUUAAUGAUCAGUUGAUUGUAGGUGAAAUGUGAGGAUUAAGCAUGUCAGUGGUGUGUGGAUAUCUAUACAGAAGCUGCAGAGGGAUUUUAAAGAGCAGAAAGAAGCAGCCAUAACAGGAUGGGUGUUUUAUUUCAGGAUUGUUUGAUGGGUGUUUAGUGAGGUUUAAGGUGUUGGCACAUUGUGGUAUUUCCGGCUGAGAAAAAUACUGUAUGUUCAUAUGUAAACAUGAAAUAAAACACAGGA